AUGAUUCCGCGUACCAACAACCACAAGCGAUCCAAUUCCUCCGACAACAGGGCUCUUUCCCCCGAUAGGACCCUUACGAAAGCCAGGUCGGCAAAUGACCUUUCCGGAGUCGCAGCCGGUAAACCCGUGCCAGCGGUACGCUCAACAAGUGUUGGGAACUUUCCGGAGAGUGGAUUCAGUACCCUGAAAGACCCGAGACUCUUGGGCAGUCCAGUAGAGACAGAGCCAUCGGGAUCACCAUCCCAUCAUCCGGACCUGAGUAACGAAGUUGCUGCUUUGAGCGUGAAACUGGUCCAAGCAAUCAACAAUCAAACAACCCUGGAUGAUACAUUGGUUGCCACCCGUCAGGAACUCGAACAAGCUCAGUCCAAGAUCCGGGCUCUAGAGUCGGAGAACGAGAAAUAUCGGCGAGAUAUCGAUCAGGAAGUCCUGAUUAAGAAAGCCGACGUAGACUAUGAGAUUUUACGACUAAAGGCUGCAUUGGCAGACGAAAAGGCACAGCGCGCCCUUGUCGAGAAGGAGAAGAAGGGUAUUGAGCAAGAGCUCGAGACGCUUACCGCCGCCCUCUUCGAAGAAGCUAACAAGAUGGUAGCUGCCGCUAAGCUUGAGCGUGAGGCGGUAGAGAAGAAAAACGAACAGUUGCGUGCUCAAGUAAAAGAUACUGAAUCUUUACUUGCGUCUCACCAAGAGCAACUGGCAGAACUCAAGUCUGUUUUGCAGGAGAUGAACAUUACCAAAGAUGACAUCGAGGCCCGUACGAUUGGCUCUACCGCACCAGCAUCCCCGGCGAAGCAGCAGCAGCAGCAGACUCCAACAAUCGUCAAACAAAAUGCAGAAUCACCCGUGCUUUCAGAACCGGCCCCCAUCCAAGAAGAAUUAGUCCCUGGUCCAUCCACUAGCUUCCCCCAUCUGAUCCGGCCUAUAUGCCGAACAGAUAUCCAUGCAUUCGAAGAGUUUAAGGAAUUAUUCACCUUGUCUAGCGUCUCCAAACCACCCAGCCGUGCCACGAGUGGAUCGUAUACCGGCUUAAAUGUUAUGAGCUUAGCCGCGGGUUUCAGCAGUGGUGGGUUUGGAUCUGCGUCGUCGUCACCCGCUAAAUCCCAACCCCACUCUCCUAAUGGAAGCAUGUCCUCACCGCAACCGGCGAAUUCGCAUGCUCCUCUGAAGGAAACGCGUUUCUACAAGCGUGUGUUGAACGAAGACAUCGAGCCAACGCUCAGGCUUGAUGCAGCCCCUGGGAUUUCGUGGCUGACACGACGUUCGGUCCUGAGUGGUAUUUGCGACGGAAGUCUUGUGGUCGAGCCCAUGCCGGCAUCGGCGAAGAAAUACGAAUUCCCUUGCUCACUGUGUGGUGAGCGCAGACCGGGUCCCGUCAAUGAGAGAACCCACCGUUUCCGGACGUCCGAUAGUGAGACGGCUCAACGGUACCCCUUGUGUGUUCUCUGCCUAGAGAAAGUUCGUUCUUCCUGCGAAUUCACUGGCUAUCUCCGUCUUAUCCUUGACUCGCAUAUCCGUGUUGGCGAUACAGAAGACGAAAAGGAUGCCUGGGAAGAAACAGUUCGUUUGAGGGAGAGAAUGUUCUGGUCCCGCAUUGGGGGUGGUAUUGUCCCCAUUUUCGCACAACCUAAUGGCUUGGAAGGUCAUUCAUGUGCCGAUGAGCAGAACCCAGAGCCUGUGGCUAUCGACCAUAGCGACAACCAAGGCAAUGUCCCCCGUGAGGUCAAAGAAGUCCUAGCCACGAAUAGCAAUGAUGACGAUGAAUUGAACGAUCACGACCCACGCAGAGCGUCUUUGAGUGAUGAUCCCUUUGAGUCUGCUACCUCAGCAUCUCCAGUUAGCAGCACGGCAGUCUCACCGCCGUAUGAUGACAGCGAAGAGCAGAAAUAUGGCAAAGACGAGAUUUCUGAACAGCCCAUUGAGCAAGCAAAAGCCUGCGUGAUUGCCAACUCUGGCGAGAACGCGGACCCCAAAAUCGUGCUGCAGCCAGCCGUCAGCCAGGCUGCUGUCACCAGCUGCGAAAAAGAUGAUGCGCAAAUUUCAGCAGCUGAAAACCGCCAGCAGUAA